AUGACGGCCCAGGCUCGGGCUCUCGGAGGCCUCGGGCCGCUUCCCCCGGACCCCGCCCCGGAUGCAGGCUCGCGGGGGGCGCGGCGCGGGCGGCGGGCGGGGCCGGCGGGGCAGGUUAAAAGCGGCGCAGGGGCCCGGAUCGGCGCUCCCCACCAUGGCGCCUCGAGCCUCCCGGUUGCCGCGGGUUCUGGCCCUGGCCGCGAUUGCCUCCUGGCUCUGCCUCUCACGUCCAGGGACCGGCCCGAACAUGUCAUGACGGGAGAACCUCGGGACCUGUCGCCCCGACGACCGCAGGUGCAGAAGGUGGUGCAGGAGGCCGUGGAGUCCUACAACAAGCGCAGCAACAGCCUCUACUUCUUCCGCCACACGCGCGUCCUCAAGGCCAGAGGCAAGCUGGUGGCUGGCGUCUUAUAUUACCUGUCGGUGGAGAUGGAGAACACUGACUGCCAGAAGAACAAUGCGAAUGUGUACGACAUGGACCUCACCACCUGUCCCCUGACGGUGGGAGCAGAGCAGCAGAAGCUGCACUGCGAUUUUGAGGUGCUCUCUGUUCCUUGGAAGAACACAACCACGCUCGAGAAACAACACUGUACCCCUGUGUAGUCUGCCCAUGAGGGCAUGGCGUGGGGUGGGACCGCAGCGGUGGAGGGCACUUCAGGGUCCAGGGGCCAUAUCUGGCACAAUAAACUGCUGAAACUGC